AUGGACUACACAGCAACGUGGUCGCCCGAGGUGGUGAGCGGGGACGAGGCAGUGUACCCACGGCGACUGACGGGCGACAACCUGGCGGCGCCCUUUGGCUUUGAUGCCUCUGCCUCUGGCGUGGCUCCGUCGAUGGCAGCUUCGGGUCCUCGUCUGUUUCGGACGGUCGGAGAGGAAUCGAGUGCUGGCCUGCAAGCACUGAGUUCUGGCUCGCAUACAGGACUUGUCCGUCGCGGCACGUCGACGCCAUCGGCGAGCAGGCAGACCGAGUACAGCCUGUGGAUGGUGGGGCCGAUCAACCCGUAUGCGUCAUCGGGAGCGGCCGAGUACAUGGCCUCGUCGCUGCGAUCGGGCCUCUUCUCGUCGAUCCCGGACUCGGAUCGCCAGAGCGAUGGCUUUGACGAUCCCAUUGCGGCGGCCAAGCCGCUGCUCCACUCGUGUGGCUCGGACGACUACGCCUCGCUGCACUCGCUCAACAGCGACAUGCCGGCGGCGGCAUGUGAGGCUGGCGGCAUGUGCGAGAGUAGCCCGACGAUCUCUAUCCCGACGGCUGCGGCGCUGCUGGCGCAGACAUGUCUGGGUGCGGGCGCGCUUGCCAUUCCGUACGCGUUCAUGACGACCGGACUCGGGCUGGGCAUGGCGUUGAUCGUCUUUGUAGGCAUGCUUUCGGUCUUCUCCUUCCACAUCCUCGGCGAGUCGCGCGACGCGUCGGGAGAGCACUCGUAUCCGGACAUUGCGUACUACUUUUACGGGACGCGGGCGCUGGUGGCGGUCCAGGCCUCGCUGCUCUGCGUCCUGCUUGGAGGCAUCAUCGCGUACGCCAUUCUCAUCGGCGACUCGCUGCAUCCGGUUGUCGUGCACUACACCGACUACAACGGUGCCGCAGUGAGCGAGCACGCGCUCCUGGCGUACAUGAUGGUGCUCAUCUUCCCGCUGACGCUGGCAACAUCGUUGCGGCCGCUGAGGCAUACAACGUACCUUGCGCUCGUCUGCCUCGUUUACUUGCUCUUUGUCAUUGCGCUACGCUUUGGCCAGCAGGCGAUGUCACGCGAGCUGAGCGUCAAGGUCAUCCAACAUAGCAAUCACCCCAGCGCGGCGGCGGUCGCUGCUGCUGUGCCCAAGGAGCUGGUCAUGGUCUCGGUCAUCAAUGGCUCGGUCCGGGUCCUCCUUGGCGUGCCGAUCUUUAUGGCAGCCUUUCUUGCUCAGUUUAACGUCGUUGCCGUCCGCGACAGCCUGGAGCGUCCGACGCCGGCCCGCUUUGCCGCUGUCUCGAUCAGCGCGAUCGCCGGGGCUGGCAUCUUUUACUGCGGCUUUGGCCUCCUCGGCUACCUAUCGUACGGGACCGAGGUCCGCGGUGAUCUCCUCAACAACUACUCGGCGUCGGACAUCUACGUCAACCUCGGUCGUGUAGCCCUCACCGUUGUCCUCGCCUGCACCUACCCACUGGUCUUCCUCCCGCUCCGCGAGACAACGCUCGGGCUGAUUGUUACCCACGUCUGGGCAUCUGCGCCGGUUACCCGGCUCUGGUUCCGGAUCAUCGUCGUUCUUCUUCUCAACGGUAUCACCUACGGUGUCGCCUACCUCGCGCCAAACCUCUCUGCGGUCCUUGCGCUCGUCGGCGCCACAUGCGGCAACCUCCUCGCCUUUAUCCUCCCGGGCAUGUUUGGCCUCAAAGCCUUUGCCACAGGUUCGGCCAAGCGCAAGGCCUCACUCGCUCUUGUUGUCUUUGGCGUAGUCAUCGGCAUCGCUGCCACUGCUGUCAUCGCCGUCUAUUGGAACGAAAUGCUGGAAAAGAUGGGAAACCAGGCGCUGUCCAAGUUUGCCUACACGGUGGAAGAGGUGGAAUGGAGCGACGGCGUGUGGAAGGUGGCGCCCGGACGGGCCAAGGCCGACGGCUCCGAGGUCACCGUCUUUAUGGCCGACAAGCAAGGCGAAGCGAGCAGUGCUGUUGCUCUGGAGCUUGCCGAACGUGCUGCUCGGCGCCUGGCUGGUCUUCGCUAUCCACACAUGCUUGCCGUUGUCGAGGUCGUUGACUCGGCCUCGUCGCUCAUCGUUGUCACUGAGCGCGUUCGCCCGCUUGCCGCCGUCCUCGGCGAUGGCGAUCUGCCGCCUGCCUGCAAGCUGAUGGGCGUGUAUGCGCUGGCAUCGGCGCUCUCAUUUAUGCACGCCACCGCAGGCAUGCUCCAUGGCGGCAUCGGCAUCGACUCGGUCUUUGUCACGCCCGGCCUGGAGCUCCGCCUCGGCGGCCUGGCUUUCGCCACCCCACUCACUGAUCCGUCCGAGCUGGGCGGAACCAUGCAGCGGGCUUCUGCCGCGGGUUUUCUGCCAUCGCUGGCGCCGUUCCGCGCGCCCGAGGUCCUGCGCGCCGAGUGGCGAUCGGUCGGUACGCCUGCGGACGUCUUUGCCCUCGGCGGCAUCAUCGGGUGCAUCUUUGCAGACCUGGCAUCCGAGGUGGCGUCGUCAGACACGCUGCUGAGCGGCGAGGUAGUCCGCGCGCUGCCCCCAGCUCUCGCCAAAGUCCACCGGGCCAUGCUUUCGGACGCGCCAGCGGCGCGGCCGACGGUGGCGCAGCUGGCGGCGCUGCCUGUGUUUGGCUCGGACCCGUUCGUGAGCCUCUCUCUGGCGCUCGACGAGCUGGCUGUGCAGGACGACCGGGCCAAGGCGCGGAUCCUUGCGCGGCUCGACGCUGCGGUUGAGACUCUGCCGCUCGCGUUUUGCAAGUACAAAGCGGCGCCGGCGCUGGCACAGUCGAUCGAGUUUGGCGAGCCGUCGGCGGCAGUCCUCGCGCCGCUGGUCAAGAUUGGCGGGCGACUGGACGAAGACGAGUUUGCCAAGCUCAUUCUCCCGGCCGUCAUCAAGCUGUUCUCCGCCAACGACCGCGCAGUGAGGUCGUCCCUGCUGGAGAACCUCGGCUCCUUUGCCAAGCACCUGCCGGUGUCGGUGGUGAACUCCCAGAUCUUUCCCGCCAUUGAGAACGGGUUCAUCGACCGAUCGGCCCUGCUCCGCAAGCUUACGCUCAAGUCGUUGCUGCACCUGGUCGACAAGCUGAGCACGAGCACGCUCGACUCCCGGGUGCUCAAGCACCUCGCGCGGCUGCAGCAGGACGAGACGCCGGGCAUCCGCGCCAACACCACCAUCUGCCUCGGCAAGAUCGCCCCGCACCUCUCGCCUGGCAUGCAGGCCAAGGCGCUCAUUCCGGCGUUUACCCGCGCCAUGCGGGACGACUUUGAGUGGUCACGUGUGGCCGGCGUCAAAGCCAUGGUCGCCUCGCUCCCGCUCUUCGAGCCGACCAUCCACGCCACCAAGAUUCUGCCCUCGCUCGGUGUCCUCACUAUCGACGGUGCAGCCAACGUCCGCAACGCUGCCUUUGCCGCCAUCGACAUUGUUGUCGCUAGCCUCAAGGACCACGCUGCAGGUUUGGACGCUGCCGCCGAGGCCUCGGCCGCCGCAGCAGCAGCCAACGGGGCAACUGCCAUCGGCUCAGACCCGCAACCGUCGGGCUCGGGCUCGGGCUCCUCAUGGUUCUCCUCGCUCAAGAGCAUGGGCAAGAAGCUCGGCUCGCCAGCCCAGGUGAAGCAGGCUAAGCCCACUGCUCGCCCGGGAGCUGCCCGCCCAGCCGCUGCCCGCCCAGCCGCUGCCCGCCCAGCCGCUGCCCGCCCAGCCGCUGCCCGCCCAGCCGCUGCCCGCCCAGCCGCUGCCCGUCCGGCAGUUCAGUCGCAGCCCGCACCGUCACUCUCGCUCGCUGCGGCCACAGCCGCAGUCGACGAUGACGACGACGGCGGUGGGUGGGGCGACUUGGAAGAUGACGACGAUGGAUGGAACGCGUGGUCUGACGACGACGAAGCCGCCGCGCCGGUAGCCACCGCGAGCAAGGCUUCGGCCGUGGCAAUGCCAGCGUCGGCGUCGGUCGCGGCAGCAGCACCAGCACCGGCACCGGCACCGGCACUGGCGCCAGCAUCAGUCUCGCGAUCGCUCUCGCUCUUUGACGCCAUUGGAGCCGACAACGACGAUGGCGACGACGAUGACGACGACGGCGGCGGUGGAUGGGACUGGGGAGACAUGGAUGACGAUGACGACGAUGACGACGACGACGGCCAGGCGAUGCCGCCGAUGGACCGCAAGCUCGACUGAGGGUCACCCGCUCAGAGCGAGCCGACACGGUCGCGCGGAAUG